UGGACCCCGGGCAGUUGGAGUCCCAGCGGAGCAAAGCCAGCCGCUUGGCACAAGCUUGUCGUCCCCUCCCCUUCCCCGGAUCCGCCGCGGCCGAGCGAGGCUGCCGGAGAGCCGAGGCAGCGAGCGUGCGGGCACAGCGGCUGCGAGCUCGCGGCGUGGCAGGGGUGCACACCACGCACGCACGCACGCACCCCCACCCCCCACGACCCCAGCGCCAGCCCCUGUGUCCUGCACGCCCCAGCCGUCCGCUCGGGGCUCUCGCCUUUUCGUUGCCUGUGACUUCGCUGUCUUCACUCUCCCGCGCGCCCAGCAGUUGGAACUUGCAGCAUGAAUCUGCGGCUCUGCGUGCAGGCAGUGCUGCUGCUUUGGCUCUGCGUGACUGCGGUGUGUGGAGUGCCAUUGAUGGUGUCUUCAGAUGGGAAUGGGAUGGAGGAAGGUAACCUUCACUACCUGGUGCAGCCCAGAGCUUCAAGGACUGGACCAGGGACCUGGCAGGGAGGCCGGAGGAAAUUUCGCCGCCAGAGGCCUCGCCUCUCCCAUAAGGGCCCUAUGCCUUUCUGAAGCAGGACUGAAAGGGUCCCUCCAAGUGCCUGCCUCCUCUGCAGAGCUCUCUACUCCACAGAUUCAUCUGUUUCUCUGGAGCCCUCAUAUCUGUUCAACUCUCAUCCUGCACCCGUUAUAGCUGCUGUUGGUCCCGGCUCUUCUGUCCCACAAGCUUCCUCUAAUAGUGUGGUCCUGCUUCUUGUUCAGAUGAUUCCAUUUCUCUCACAAGGAUCCAUUCAGCACAUCCUUCCGGCCACUCCCUGGACUGACUUUGGAAACUCAGCUUUUCUCUGAUCCUCUGAUGCCCGAGUCCCUACCUCACCUCACCCUUGACAUAGGUCAAGGGUCACUUGACCCUUCCCUCCUCAUGUGUGCAUCUCCAUAAUUUCCUGCCAGGGGGACCCCAUACCCAGCCUCUAACGAGGAAUACAGAAGUGUGUAAUGAGAGGUUUUAGUUAGAGGAGUAGAUUGUUGGGAUCCAGACAAGUUGCAUUGGGGCACAGAAAUGGAAGACAUGGCACUCUGGUUGAAGCAGUUGAAGCACAGAAGUACAAGAGAAACAAUAGCUACAGUUUCAUCCUUGUGUUUGGCCCAGUUAAGGAACAGGUGAAGGACAGGAGGCCAUGAAGUACUUUGUUACUUCUUUCAUCUUACACUCUCAAUCCUCACUUAGCCCCAGCUAAUUUUGUGUCUGGGUCAUGACUCUAUACUCUUCAGGGAGUAAAAGCCAAGUAAGAGGUUUGUUUUUGCCAAGAAUUACAAAAAAGCAGUACCCAAAGGCCCUUAGGAGAUCUCUUAGCUCAGCCUUCUUAUGCAAAAGCCUGCAAAAGGAGAGGGGAUUGACCUGCUCAGGCCACUGCAGAGCCAGAAUAGGGAUCAGGUCUCUCAACUCCCACUUUAGAACACCUACCCUCUUCCCUCUUGGUGAUGUCCUUCCAAAACAAAUGAAGUGCCUUUUUCCUAGGGUGAGGGUUAGGGGCGGCUGGAAAGAGGAGAGGCAAGCUGCCUGUGAACUGCCCUGUGUGGGAAUAGGGAUGGAGCUGCUCCCACCUCUCAGGCUGCUCCAUGUCCGUCCUGGGCUGAAUGGUUCCCUAAUUGGGACCACUCACACCUCAACAGCACUUGUUGUACAGAACCAGGAAGAGCCUUAAAUAAUCCUCCACCUUUAUUUCUAGUGGCCUCAUCUUGGAGGGCAGGGGGCAAAGAGUGGAGAACAAGAGAAGAGGAGAUAGAUGGAGAGAAGGAAGGAAGGAGAGAUGGGAGUAUGUACAAAUGGGGGUACACUGCUCCACCAAGGGGUCACAUCUUCCAUGAGGGCCUUCUGCAAGUCUUCCCUGAAGGGGAGGGAGUGGGGUCAUCUUGCCUUUUGCCUAAGCAAACAUCCUUUUCAGAGGCCUCCCAGGAGGGACAAAGAGAAGACAAAGCUUAAUGCCUACCUACAUAUGUGUGGGGGCAGGGGGAAUCAGGACCCCCAAGUCCCACAACAACCCUAGUGUUUGCCUCUCUAUAGCCCUUAAAUUCUUUUCUUUCUUACCGCUGCUAAUGCUGCUGCUGCUGCUGCUAUUGCUGCUGCUGUGUCGGAGCCCACCCUGUGGAGCCGGGUUGGGCACAGCCUCCUCACCCUAGGGCUUGGAGUAGGAGUUAUCCAGUGCCUGUUCUGCCACUGGUCCCCCACCAGGGACCUGGCCUUCCUCCUCCUUGUCCUUUCUGAAGUUCCUGCCUUAUCAGCCUGCCAUGACCUGUAGCUCAGCCCAGCCCCAAGGGGAAGGGGUGAAAAGAGGCUGAAAAGAGGAAAGAUGGGGGAAGGCGUGGCAAAGGAGGGGCCUAGAUGGGUCUAGAGGCUGUCUUAUUUAAAGUGGUUGUGUAUGAUUCUUAUACUAAUUUAUACAAAGAUAUUAAGGCCCUUUUCAUGAAAAAACUGUCCCCUCUUCCCAGAAUUGUGUUCACUGUGUUUAUAAAGAUUAUUCUAUGUAAAUAUGUCUUUAUAAUAAAGAGUUAAAAGCUGA